CCCAUCCCAACUAAUCCAACCCAACCCAACCCUUCCAUCUCCCCAGGUCCGUGCCUUCGGCCCCGGUCUCCAGGGGGGCCUGGCAGGGGUUCCGGCCCCGUUCACCAUCGACACCAAAGGCGCCGGCACGGGCGGUUUGGGGCUGACCGUGGAGGGGCCCUGCGAGGCCAAAAUCGAGUGCCAGGACAACGGCGACGGCACCUGCUCGGUGUCCUACCUGCCCACGGAGCCCGGCGACUACAACAUCAACAUCCUCUUCGCCGGCGCCCACAUCCCGGGCUCGCCCUUCCGCGCGCCGAUCCGGCCGAAGUUCGACCCUUCCAAGGUCACCUGCGAAGGGCCGGGGCUGGAGAAGGCCACGGCCGGCCAGCCGGCGCGCUUCCGCGUGGACUGCAGCCGGGCGGGGACGGCCGAGCUGACCAUCGGCAUCGCCUCGGAAGCCGGGGCGCAGGCGGACGUGAGGGUGGAGGAGAACGGCAACGGCAUUUACACCAUUGCCUACACGCCGCGCAGCGCCGGCGUGCACACCGUCACCGUGGAGUACGGCGGGCAGCCCGUGCCGCACUUCCCCAGCACCGUGCGCGUGGAGCCGGCGCCGGCGGCCGUGGAUACGUCCGGCAUCAAGGUGUACGGGCCCGGCGUGGAAGGAAAGGUGACCGUGUUCCGCGAGGCCGUGACGGAGUUUGAGGUGGACGCCCGGGCCGUGUCCAAGGCCGGCGGUCCCCAUGUCAAGGCCCUGGUGUCCAACCCCUCCGGAAACGUCACCGAGACCUUCGUGGAGGACCGGGGUGACGGCACCUACCACGUGGAGUACACGCCCUACGAGGAGGGCCUGCACAAGGUGGACGUGACCUACGGGGGGGCCCCGGUGCCGCUGAGCCCGUUCCGUGUCCCCGUCACCGAGGGCUGUGACCCCACCCGGGUGCGGGUGCACGGCCCCGGCAUCCAGAGCGGCACCACCAACCAGCCCAACAAGUUCACCGUGGAGACCCGGUGAGAGCGGGGGGCCGGCACGGGGGGCCUGGGCCUGGCCGUGGAGGGUCCCUCGGAAGCCAAGAUGUCGUGCACGGACAACAAGGACGGCAGCUGCUCCGUGGAGUACGUCCCGUACGAGGCCGGCACCUACAGCCUCAACGUCACCUACGGCGGCCACCAGGUCCCCGGGAGCCCGUUCCAGGUGCCGGUGUCGGACGUGGUGGACGCGUCCCGCGUGUCCUGCGGGGGUCCCGGCCUGACCCCCGGCCACGUCCGGGCCAACGUCCCCCAGACCUUCACCGUGGACACCUCCAAGACCGGCGUGGCCCCGCUGGACAUCAAAGUCCAGGGCCCCAAAGGCGUGCUGGAGCCCGUGGACGUGGCCGACAACGGCGACGGCACGCAGCGCGUGUCCUACGUGCCGUCCCGCGAGGGACCCUACAGCAUCUCCGUGCGCUACGGCGACCAGGAGGUGCCGCGCAGCCCCUUCAAGGUGAAGGCGCUGCCCACCCACGACGCCAGCAAGGUAGCGUGCGCGAGCGGCCCCGGGCUCAACACCACGGGAGUGCCGGCCAGCCUGCCCGUGGAGUUCACCAUCGACGCCAAGGACGCCGGCGAGGGGCUGCUGGCCGUGCAGAUCACGGAUCCCGAGGGGAAGCCCAAGAAGGCCUCGAUCCGGGACAAUCAGGACGGCACCUACACCGUGUCCUAUGUGCCGGACAUGACCGGCCGCUACACCAUCCUCAUCAAAUACGGGGGGGACGAGAUCCCCUAUUCCCCCUACCGCAUCCGGGCCGUGCCCACCGGCGACGCCAGCAAGUGCACGGUCACUGUUUCCAUCGGAGGUCACGGCUUAGGACCCGGCCUGGGCCCCACGAUCCAGCUGGGCGAGCAGACGCUGAUCACGGUGGACGCCAAGGCGGCCGGCAAGGGCAAGGUGACGUGCUCGGUGUGCACGCCCGACGGCUCCGAGGUGGACGUGGACGUGGUGGAGAACCCCGACGGCACCUUCGACAUCUUCUACACCGCGCCCCAGCCCGGCAAAUACGUCAUCUGCGUCAGGUUCGGGGGGGAGCACAUCCCCAACAGCCCCUUCCAGGUCAUGGCCACGGACCGGCCGCUGCUGGGGGUCAACGGGCUGGACAUGGCCGGGCUGCGGCCCUUCGACCUCGUCAUCCCCUUCACCAUCAAGAAGGGCGAGAUCACGGGUGAGGUGCGCAUGCCCUCGGGCAAGGUGGCCACCCCGGACAUCACGGACAACAAGGACGGCACGGUGACCGUGCGCUUCGCGCCCAGCGAGGCGGGGCUGCACGAGAUGGACAUCCGCUGCGACAGCAUCCACAUCCCAGGCAGCCCCCUGCAGUUCUACGUGGACUACGUGAACAGCGGGCACGUCACGGCCUACGGGCCCGGGCUGACCCACGGCACCGUGAACCGCCCGGCCACCUUCACCGUCAACACCAAGGACGCCGGCGAGGGGGGGCUGUCGCUGGCCGUGGAGGGUCCCUCCAAGGCCGAGAUCAGCUGCCAGGACAACGGCGAUGGCACCUGCUCCGUGUCCUACCUGCCCGUGCUGCCCGGCGACUACGGCAUCGUGGUCAAGUACAACGACAAGCACAUCGCGGGCAGCCCCUUCACCGCCCGCAUCACGGGUGACGAUUCCCUGCGCCAGUCCCACCUCAAGGUGGGCGCCUCGGCCGAGAUCCCGCUGGACAUGGGGGACAUCGGGGACCUGAGCCAGCUGAGCGCCACCGUCACCGCGCCCUCGGGCCGCCGCGAGCCCUGCACCCUCAAACGGCUCCGGGACGGCCACCUGGGGAUCUCGUUUGUCCCCCAGGAGGUGGGGGAGCACCUGGUGCAUGUCACCCGGGGUGGCCAGCCGCUGCCGCGCAGUCCCCUGGCUGUCACCAUCAGCCAGGCCGAGCUCGGGGACGCGUCGCGGGUGCAGCUGCGCGGGCCCGGCCUCAGCGAGGGCACCACGUUCCAGCCCGCCCAGUUCACCAUCGACACCCGCCAGGCCGGCUACGGGGGGCUGAGCCUGUCCAUCGAGGGCCCCAGCAAGGUGGACAUCACCACGGAGGAGCUGGAGGACGGCACGUGCCGCGUGUCCUACUGCCCCACCGAGCCCGGCAACUACAUCAUCUCCGUGAAGUUCGGGGAGCAGCACGUGCCCGGGAGCCCCUUCUCGGUGAAGGUGACGGGCGAGGGCCGCGUGCGCGAGAGCAUCACCCGGCGGCGCCGCGCCCCCCCCGAGGCCAGCGUGGGCACCCCCUGCGACCUCAGCCUCAAAAUGCCGGAGCUCUCCAUCUCGGACGUGACCGCGCAGGUCUCGGGCCCCUCGGGCACGCCGGUGGCGGCGCAGGUGCUGCCCGGCGCGGGGGGCACGGUGGGCGUGCGCUUCGUGCCGCAGGAGACCGGGGCGCACCGGGUCAGCGUCAAGGACCGCGGGCAGCACGUGCCCGGGAGCCCCUUCCAGUUCACCGUGGGACCCCUGGGCGAGGGCGGCGCACACAAGGUCCGGGCCGGGGGGCCGGGGCUGGAGCGCGCCGAGGCCGGCACCCCCGCCGAGUUCAGCAUCUGGACGCGUGAGGCGGGGGCCGGGGGUCUCUCCAUCGCCGUCGAGGGUCCCAGCAAGGCCGAGAUCGCCUUCGAGGACCACAAGGACGGAUCGUGCGGGGUCUCCUACGUGGUGCAGGAGCCCGGUGACUACGAGGUGUCGGUGAAGUUCAACGACGAGCACAUCCCCGAGAGCCCCUUCGUGGUGACGGCCGCGGCCCCCAGCGACGCCGCGCGGCGCCUCACUGUUUCUAGCCUUCAGGAGUCGGGGCUCAAGGUUCACCAGCCCGCCUCGUUCGCCGUCAGCCUCAACGGGGCCAGGGGGGCCCUGGACGCCAAAGUGCACAGCCCCUCGGGGGCCGUGGAGGAGUGCCACAUCUCCGAGGUCACCCCAGACAAAUACGCCGUGCGCUUCAUCCCGCGGGAGAACGGCGUCUACUCCAUCGACGUGAAGUUCGAGGGCUCCCACAUCCCCGGGAGCCCCUUCAAGGUCCGGGUGGGGGAGCCAGGCCAGGCCGGGGAUCCGGGCCUGGUCUCGGCCUACGGGCCCGGCCUGGAGGGCGGCACCACAGGCUCCCCGGCCGAGUUCGUGGUGAACACGUCCAAGGCUGGCCCGGGCGCCCUGGCUGUGACCAUCGAGGGCCCGUCCAAGGUGACCAUGGAGUGCCACGAGUGCCCCGAGGGCUUCCGGGUCAUCUACACGCCCAUGGCCCCCGGCAGUUACCUCAUCGCCAUCAAAUUCGGGGGGCCCCACCACAUCGUGGGGAGCCCCUUCAAGGCCAAGAUCACCGGGCCACGCCUGGUGAGCAGCCACAGCCUCCGCGAGAGCUCCUCGGUGCUGGUGGACUCGGGGCCACGGGGGCCCCUCCCCCGCCCCCCGCCCCCGCCGGGGCCCCCCCGGGACCCCCCCAAAUUCUCGGACGCCUCCAAGGUGGUGGCCAAAGGCCUGGGGCUCAGCAAGGCCUUCGUGGGCCAGAAGAAUUCCUUCAGCGUGGACUGCAGCAAGGCCGGCACGAACAUGCUGCUGGUGGGCGUGCAGGGCCCGCGCAGCCCCUGCGAGGAGAUCGUGGUGAAGCACCUGGGCCAGCAGCUCUACAACGUGUCCUUCGUGCUGCGCGAGCGCGGCGAGCACCUGCUCGUGGUCAAGUGGGGCGAGCAGCACGUGCCCAACAGCCCCUUCCGCGUCACCGUGCCCUGAGAGGGGCAGGAACGGGGCAAAACCGCCCGGAAUCGGGCAAAUGUCACUGGGGGGGGGGGAGUCACGGGAAACCCCGGAAUGGGGGGAAAUCACCCAAAAAAC